CAAAAUUAUGAAGCUGUUUCGUUAACCUCUCUUUAUUAUUUCGAAAUGUCGUGGCUCUUACAAUAAAUUUACAACUUAAAAACAUUUUUUAAAUUCUAAAUUAAUAAAUUAUGUGACUAAUAUUCUUAUUCAAAAUCUACAAGUGCUAAAAUGACUGCCAAAGUUACCCCGGCGAAGCCGAAAGCCAAGGACAAGAUCGAAAAACCUAAAGAGAAGAAGAAAAAGGCGAGCAGAUACAAAUUAAAAUUGAUGGGCUGGCUGAAAACCCCGGCAGAUUGGGAGAGAUUCAACGCUUGGGCUAAAAUUAAUUCGUUACCAAGAAAAAUACCAGAGCCGGCACCAGUGGUCCGUACGUCGAAGCCCCUCUGGAAGAUGAAAAAAAGAAUCGAUUUAUUAUCGAAACCGGUGAAACACCCCGAUCUGUCUCUGUUAUAUCGACUGGACCAGAAUGUAUCGAAGAAAGCAUUGAUGGCGAAAGCGUCGAAGCGAAUCAAAAUAAUAGCAAAGCCUGUUAUCAAACCGAUGGAGAUGCCCCGAGAGUUUCCCCUCAAAAUAAAGAAAUCGGCGCUUAAUUAUCAGGCCACGGAUAACAUCAUGAAAAUUAGCCAGCCAAAGGACUUUCGAACGGAGGAGUGCAAAGGUCUGGCAGAGACCCUGCGAGCAAAGGAAAUGGAGCUGGAAGAACUCGAUGACGAGGACAAAAUGAAGCAGCAAAGGGAACUGCGGCGAAUCGUUAAAAAAGCCAUGAUAUGCCCUGACCUGUUGUCCAUGAAACACAUUCAUCAACUUAUCACUGAGGGAGGCGUUUAUCGAACUGCUUUGACUUAUAAAUCAACCUCGUGGUUGGACUUCCUGGCGAUUCCCUCCUACCGCUUCUUGAGACUCAGAAAAGAUGACACGGCGGAGAAGUGGAAGGAGAACUAUCUCAAUGAAAUGGAGACUCGCGGGAAACGAGCUCUUCAAGAGCAAUUUGACCGGGAAGAGAAACGCCGAGAAUUGGAGGCGACUGCGCUUGCUCAAGCUGAAAGGCAAACCAGCGAAGAACCUGCCGAUCUUCAUCAUCAGUCUGAUGAGGAGGGUCAGGAAGACGAUGUUAUGCAGCUAGAACCUGUUGAAACGGAAGCCGCCAUUGAGGCCGCAGGAGAUGAUUCCGAAGAAGAAGAACUGAUUGACGAUGACGACCAAGAAGUCGAAGAAGCAGCAGCUGAUGACGCUACGGAACCUGUUGCAGCAGCUGAUGACGCUACGGAACCUGUUGCAGCAGCUGAUGACGCUACGGAACCUGUUGCACCAGCUGAUGACGCUACGGAACCUGUUGCACCAGCGGUUGAAGUGGCCGAGGCAGAAGAAGAAUCCGCGGAAAAAGAAACUGUACAACCACAGGAUGUACUCCAGCCGAAGGCAGAAACUAAAACGAAAAGGACGAGAUUAAUUCCUAGACCGACUCCACUGGCUGAUGACGAGGAAUCCAAGAAGAGGAGAGCGGAGAGAAACGCCUGGAGGUUCGAACCACCGCCUUGGAAGGACGACGAUCCCCUCAAGGCCACUCAAUUGGGUCCAAAAAAACCGGCCUCCCCCCGAAUGGAGGAACUUGCGAAGCCCCACAUUCGCAAGGACAGGAACACUCGGAAGAAUCCAUUUGACGUAAAGAAGUCAGCAUUGAGUAGUUCUGUGCCAGCAAGGAUGACCGAACUCGCAAAACCGAAUCACCCUCGAGAGCCAGUUCAGAAACGGCAAAAACGGGAAUUGAAUAAAUAUGGUCAACCCAUAUUUCCUAUUCCGUCAUACGGAAAGAAUUUGCCACCUGUACCACCAUAUAAAGAAAGAGACUGUGACCCUGCCGAUGCAAAAACUCCCAAAGAAGUCGAGAAUGCAGAAGAAAUUGAACUAAAACCUGAUCCGAUUGUUUUAGAACCUACAAUCGAUCCAUACUUCGACCCGGAAGGUGCUGAGAGACAAUUAGAGGCUAGAAAUGCUAUAAAAAAUAAAAAAGAAGAAAACCAAAACUCUGAAGAUACUGAAAAAUAAUUUUAUAACGUAACAUAGUCUGAAACAUUUGUAUAUUUAAGAACAAUUGAAACUUCAAUUACAAUUUGCAAAUCUCGUUCAACGUCAAUAUCAUGUUAGUAUUUUUUUUUCUCCAUCACAUUUUAAUUUAGGAUCAAAAUAAAAAUAAAAUUACGUCUCAACAAAGUGC